AUGUCAAAUGAAGAAAAUCCAUCAGAUCACGUUGAACAGAAUGAUCUCGAUGUUGCCGUUCUGGCCAAUGAAGCUCCGUCACCCCCUGUUCAACCGAAAUCUGUUGAGGAUGUACGUGAGGACAUUGAAAAUGAAUCACUCCUUGUUGAACAGGAAGUUAGUAUCGCUAGCAGCAGCAAUGGCACCAUUCUUCAUUUAAAUGGUGGAACUACUGAUGAUGGCUCUUCUCUUUCUCAUCUUCAUGUUGAUGUUGAUGUUGAUAAUGAUGACGGCUACGUUAGUGGUAAGGAGGAGUUUGAAGAUAAUGAUUUCAAGAAUCCUAUCGAGGAAGAGGAGGAUGCCCCGGAGAACAAAGCAAGUCUAGUAGGAUUAGAUGAUGAUGAUGAUGAUACUGACACUUUCCUCGAUUCCUCACCAAUUCCAAUGCCCAAUGUUUCCACUCCAGCAAUCUUGGAAGCAGGCGGCGAUGAUAACAAUGAUGAUGAUGAUGAAAAAGCUUCCCAAGGUGAGUUUUUAUUUGUCCCUGAAGAAGAAGAAGAAGAAGAAGAAGAAAAAGUUGUCCAGAAUGCUUCUUUUCAAGGGAAUGAUGUUGCAGAUUUUACUAGUCCAGCAGUUGAUGUUUCUAAUGAAUCUGGAAUUAUUGCUGAGAAUCCUAGUGUUAAUGACAAUAAUACUGAAUUGAAGAAGGUGGAAGCUCCUGCCAUUUGGAGCCACAUACCUUCUAAUGAACAUGAACAUGAACAAGCUAGCCAUGAAAUUCAAAAGUUUCUUGAGGAACUUGUGGAAACUGGUUCUGAAGCAGGUCCGGAAGACAGCUUGAAACUUGAGCCUUAUGAGGAUUCUGCUACAGAAAUAGUUAAUGCUUCUCAAGCAGCCCCAGAAGAAGCUACACAAGUUAAUGGAGAUGUUGAAGCUCAUUCCAUUUUGAGCAAUGCACCUUCUAAUGGACACGAACAUGAACAUGAACAUGCUGGCCAUGAAAUUGAAAAGUUUCUCGACGAGCUUGUGGAAACUGCUUCUCUUGCUAAGGUUGGUGCUUUUGAUUUGGUUUCCAUUGACUUGGGCAAGUUCCAGCCAGAUGGAGGGACAACUGAAGCUUUGGGUUCCAUACAAAAACCUGGACAAUUUUCCAACAGGGUUGAAGAUGUUCCAACAGAAGUAGAUUCUGCUGCAACUGAAGGAGAUAAGGUUAUUGUUAAUCCCGAAGAAGGUUCCGAUGUUGGAAGUGCUGCUAUACUAUAUUCUGCUGAAACUGAAGGGGAUAAGGUUAUCGUUAAUCCUGAAGGAGGUUCCGAUGUUGGAAGUGCUGCCAUACUAUAUUCUGCUGCAACUGAAGGAGAUGGGGUUAAUAUUACUACUAAAGAAGGUUCUGCUGUUGGAAGUGUUGACUCGGUCCAUACACCACAAGAGAAAGUGUGUGUUGCUGGCGAUGUGAAAGCAAUAAAAGAUUCAGACGCCGGACCUGAACCAAUUGCAGUCAGCAGCAGUGUAUCGGCUCAUACGAACACUUCGGAAUUGGAUGCGUUGGAAGGGUCCUUUGAUGACAACAUUAGGACUUCCACAGUGACAGCAGAAAAUUAUGUUUCUGAGAAUGCUAUUAUUGGAGAUCCAGAAUCUGAGCCUUCUAAAGCUGUGCUGGAGAAUAGUGAUGAUGAAAAAACAGAUAUACCACAGAAUGAGCAUAAAACAGAAGCAAUAUCUGAUAAAAGUGCUGACAGGGUUGCUAAUACAGCUUCACUUGAGGGCUUCCAUAUGAAACUAGAAGCUGCAGAUGGAGAAGAUACAGAAGAAGAAGAGUUUGACGGGUCAGUUUCAGAUGGCGGCGAAAUUGAUGACAUGAUUUUUGGAAGCUCUGAGGCUGCCAAACAAUUUAUGGAUGAAUUGGAACUUUCGGGCGCUGGUUCACACACAGUUAUAGACAGAAGCUCUUAUGAUCAAUCCGAUAGAAUGGAUGGUCAGAUUGUCACAGACUCAGAUGAAGAGGCGGCAUCAUCUGCUGGCUCUGAUAGUGGCAAUAUCACAAUAACUUCCCAAGAUGGAUCCAGGCUCUUCUCGAUUGAGCGUCCUGCUGGUUUGGGAUCCUCAGGUAUGUCUUUGAGGCCUGUCACCAGGCCAACCCAUCCAAGCUUUCUCCCUCCUUCCAAUCUUGCAAGAGCUGGAGAAUCUGAGGACAACUUGAGUGAAGAAGAGAAAAAGAAGCUGGAGAAGGUACAGGCAUUGAGGGUGAAGUUCCUGAGGAUUGUCCAGAGUCUGGGUGUUUCAUCUGAUGAAUCUAUUGCAGCACAAGUCUUGUAUAGGCUCGCACUUGUUGCCGGAAGGCAAGCUGGUCAAAGUUUUAGCCUUGACUCUGCUAAGCGGACUGCUAUAGAGCUUGAAGCAGAGAGAAAAGAUAACCUGGACUUCUCUGUAAAUGUUCUCAUCGUUGGGAAAUCCGGAGUAGGCAAGAGUGCGACCAUAAACUCCAUUUUUGGUGAAGAAAGAGCUUCUAUUAAUGCCUUUGAACCUGCCACUGCUGUUGUGAAGGAGAUGUCUGGAAUUGUUAAUGGAGUUAAGGUCAAAGUAUUUGACACACCAGGUCUGAAGCCUGGAGUAAUGGAACAGGCUUUCAACCGCAGAGAAAGAGACGAAGUUAGUUUCAAAGUGGCGGCUCGCUUGCUUGCUUUGCUUGCUUGA